CCUUGCCCGUGCCCGCAACCGCAACCGCAUCCUCGCUCCCAGUUUACCUGCUAGCAUCAAGUUCUUAGGCAGACAUCUACCUACCUACCUACCUACCUACCUACCUACCUACCUACCUACCUACCUACCUCGUCCUCAACCUACCAUACCAAACCAAAACCAUACCUUUCUCCUCACAACCCCUCCCACAAAAAUGACCACCCCCGCCCCCAAGAAAAUCCUCCUCCUCAACGGCCCCAACCUCAACCUCCUGGGCACCCGCGAACCGCACAUCUACGGCAGCACGACCCUACCGCAAGUGGAAGCCCGGUGCGCGGAGCGCGCCACCGCGCUGGGCGCCACGCUGCAGUCCUUCCAGUCGAACCACGAGGGCGCGCUGGUGGACCGGAUCCAGCAGGCGCGCACGGAGCAGGUGGACGCGAUCAUCAUCAACCCGGGGGCGUACACGCACACGAGCGUGGCGAUCCGCGACGCGCUGCUGGGGGUGGCGAUCCCGUUCAUCGAGCUGCACGUCAGCAACGUGCACGCGCGGGAGGCCUGGCGCCACCACAGCUACUUCUCCGACAAGGCGAGUGGGAUCAUCGUCGGGUUGGGGGUGGAUGGGUAUACCAUUGCGGUGGAGCACGUCAUUCGAAAGUUUGCGAAGUUGGAGUAUAACUAGCUUUUUUUUUAUUCUGUGCUGGUUAUGGGAAAUGUUUGGGGAAAACGGAAAACGGAAAAAGGAAUACUGUGGAAGGAAUGGUAUAUAGCUGGUUUAUGUAUAUGACCUGGUUUAUAUGUAUGUAUAUUUACAUGGCUGCCGCUUGGCAGCGUUUGCUCCACAGAUUGAGCAUCUCAUAAACCCGUCUGCGUCUCAUCCUCGUCGUCUUGUAGCCUCCAAGACCGGCACCCGGGCAC